AAAGAUGAAGCAGUUGGCGGUCUGAUCGCUAUUUUGGAUCCGGACCAGACUAAUGCUGAAAUUGAAAUCUUAGCAUUUUGUGAUGGCCUUCACAAGUGGAUUCAGGAUAUGAAGACAAAGCAGAAAAAAGACUUCAACAUCACUGGACUGGAAGAGACGCAAGACAUUGGUGGUGCUCAAGUACAACGUAUGGAAACCUCAAUAGAAGACAGUAUUUCUCUGAUGGCUGAGGAAAGUUUUGGCCAGACGCUUGGAGAAAUGUCAAGUCGCCUGAUUGACUCUCGUCAUCAGAACACAAGGCUAAGUGAGCAGUUACAGGAGACACGGGCUACCGUUGAGGCCAAGGAGGAAGAGGUGGUGAAGCUGUCCGCUCAGCUGGCAGACUCGCACCUGGAGGUGAAAAGGCUGAAAACAUGGGGCGAUCUGAGGCAACAAACAGAACUAGAAAACGCGGAGCUACGUCAGCAAGUUGAUUCUCUGUGCAGGGAGUUGGAGGAAGAGAGACAACAGGUGCAGAGAGGGGAGCAAGAGAAGAGCCUGCUACAUGCUCAGCUGCAGCGUAUUCAGACGCAGGUCGGACAACUGAAUUCAGAGCUCACAGAUACAGCCCGAGAGCGGGAGGAUCUCAAAUCCUUGUUGCGAGGUGGCAAGGACAAGGUAUUAGAAUUUACAGAUUUAUGUGCUAGCCUGGAGGCUCGGUUGGCAGAGAAAGACGAGCGACAUCAAGAACUGAUUUCUUGUCUUCAAGAAUUUUCUUCUAAAAAUGAGGAGCUGAAACAACAAAGUUUGAAUUUGCAAGAGCAGCUCAUGGAAGCACAGCAAGAACUUUUCAGUGUGAGAUCUGCCUCUGACAGCAGUGAUGGGAUUCGACUGCCGUCCCCACAGGAACUAGCCAACGAAAUAGAAGAGGAUUCAGAAACGGAUGAGGCAACCAGCACUUGCCAGUGGCCUCCUUCUAUCAGAAAUGAACUGCAAGAGUUGUUUGAGGAUAGUCCUAAUCUUCCGUGGCCACUGAGUGGUAAAGAGCUGAAGGAAAGUGUGGGGACACCGCCAGAUAUAGUCAGCCACAUAGAGCAAGGCACAGACAGUAAAAGACAGGCGGUUGACAAUGAGCAGAGUGUUGCUCAGGACAAAAUGAGUUCUCCAAAUCCUGGAAUUUCACCGGAAAAGAGCAAGAGCAAAUGCCGGUGUGAUUUCCACUAUGACAUUUCUAAUGAAAAGCUACGCAUGCUGGUGACAGUGCUGAGGAACUUUAAAGGAGAAAAUGAACGACUGAGAUGUAUGAUCAAGCAGACUCUGGCGGACAGUGGGAGCCCAAAGAAGAUUGAUCCUGUGGAUGAGAAAAUUUGUGCUGCUAGCUUGUACGAUGUCACACUGCCAGAGAGGGAGAGAGAGGUGAGCAGACUGAGGAAAGUCCUGUCGGAGGCUCAGGAGAGAGUGACUUCCUUACAGCAGAAGAAUGAUGAGUUGACACAAGUUGUUACCUCACUCAACAGUGAGAGUCAGUGAGAUAAGCGAGGAGGCUGACGCCAAGAGUCAGGAGUUAGCCAGAGAGAAACAGAGGUCCGGCCAGCUGGAGGAGAACCUGUGCAGCAGUGCCUUGGCCAGACAGCUGGACCUGAAGGACAUCUGGAGACUGGUGCAGAAGGAGGUGGAGUCUGAGUGUCAGGACGGACAGGAUGAUGUGCUCGGUACUGCAUCGCCAGAGCAGCUGAAGGCAAAGAUCAAACAGGACAUUGACGCGAUUCGUCAGAAACUUGAGAGACGAGAGACUGCUCUGGGCUUGCUGAGGAAGAGCAAGCUAAAUCUACCGACUGCCUGGAGCUCUGACGUGAGUCACACCAGCCACUGCACCUCUUGGCUGCGCAAUCGUCGACUGUCUCCCAGCUCACCGUUGCUUGAAGCGCUAUCUAUUGACAUGUUCAAUGGGAACCUGCCAGGAUACCAGGGUCAGUACGCCGUGUCCCCCACCGCUGUCUCCUGUGAAGAUGUGGACUGCUAUGAGUGCCGCGCCGCACGCCUUAUCCUACAACACAGGUUCACUGCUUCUUGUCCCUCCAUCUCCGUGCAGCAAAAGAAAGGAGUGUCUAUCGCUGAUGGCGAGAACAAUAACAGUCUACCCCCUGGUACAGCUCAGGACAAUCUGGUGUCCACACUGGACAACGCUGACCCUCACAGCCUCAACUCUUGGCCUGACUCUGAGACUCUGCCACUGCCUGCGAAGAAGCGGAGAAGUUUGUACGGCAGCAACAGACGAUCCGAUUUUAUCAGAAACUCUGGCCGAUAUCCAGGCCUGAGCAAAGCCUCAGCCAAAAAGGCUCUUGGAAAUUCCAGAGAUUUAUACUCUUACUCUAAUGGGAUUCCUUUCACCAGCCCUGUUUAUGUUUCUGGUGUGUCUACAAAUGGCAGGAGUUCCCGAGACGACACAUGGGCUGAGCGUCCUGGUCAGUACAGCAACAUGGCAAACCAGUCAUACACAAGCCUCUCCCUGGAUGACUGCAAUAACUCUUUCAGUGCCACGCGCAGGUCCAGCUUUAAGACAGCCGUGGAGAACAGUCAACAGUCUUCUCAGCUCUCUAGCAUGGACAGCUCGUUUGGAGAGAAAAGUGGCUGCAACGUUUCAGCGGACGUCUGCGGUACAGGCGAGACAUCACCCGAAGAGUUACGGCGGCCUAGCUUCUGUGCUGCUAUUGAAAAAGGUCAACAAAGAGAAUCACCUCUUCCUCCAGGUCAAAGAGAGUCGCCACUUCCUCCAUCCAACCUGAAACCCAUACGAGUAACAAACUCAGGUAGUAAUAGUCCAGUUGGUCAAGGCACGGGUGCGCUGAAGCCAGCAGGCGAGGUUGUUACAAAGACGGUCAAGUUCCAGCUGGACGAGGAGCGUGAGGGAGACGAGAGCAGCCGGCAGACAGCGGAGUACCCCGGAGCUGUGGCCUGGAGCUCCGCCUCCAGAAUCCCCAACUUGAGCAGUUUUGGGUCAGACUCCUUCUUGUCCUCCUCCUCCUCCUCCUCCCUGGCCUACGACUCUACCUGCAGCUCUGUGACGUCUGUGUCCUGGGACGGGAGUGGAGACAACAGAAGAUUUGUAUUACCUGGGAGAGCUCCCCCUGUGUAUGUGAAGGCACUCAGAGUGGACACCGGCCAUCUGGGAAAUCCUUCUCUAGAGGACUGGGACCUUUCCCCACAGUCUAACGUUGAACUCUUCAAUGGUUCUGGCGAUCGUUUCACCCCGAUUCAGCCCAGCGAGUCAAGUACAGGAGCAGAGCCACAAGGGGAAUGCGGGCCAGUGACCAGUUCGGCUGACGACGCCAGUGACAUGCCGACCUCCAUGAACCUGAAGACCACGCCAGCCACAGAGGUCACAAGGGGUCACGACCAGGCUGAUGAGCCCCGGAACCCGCCCUCGGCCAGCAGAAUAAACGGCAGUAGGAAACAGGACGGUGUCGCAGCGGUCCCCUCCGCUCACCAAGGGAUAUCGCUCUCUCACCCUCCCACUUCACCUUCUUAUUCCUCGCCCACCACCACCACCAAUAACAACAAUAAUAAUAAUAACAACAACAGCAACAACAACAACAACGCCGUAAUCUCUACUGCCGCUGCAGCUGCUGCUGCUCCCUCUGUAUCUACACCACAUCCUCUUUCUCCGUCCUCCGGCGGUCCGUCCUUCCGCUCUGCCUCCUCCGCCUCCUCCUCUUCCUCCUCGUCCUCCCCCUCCUCUGUGGUAGCCCACCCCGCCCAAAUUAUGGCGUCGAGUUCGCCCUCGCUCACAAACAGACGCCUCCCCGCUGUCCCUCCCCCUCAUCCUCCCACCUCCUCCUCCUCCUCCGACCCUGCCCUGAUAUCUACGACGGCCUCCAGCAACAGACACGCGCUCAUCCACGCCGCCACCUCGUCUUCCAAGACAUCUUCAUCGUCUCUGUGGUCGUCAACGUCGUCGUUGUCCUCCUCUAGAGAGGCCGAGCCGCCGGGCAGACAGGGAGGGGGAGCCGGGAGUACUGUGGUCACGUCGUCGUGCGGGACGGACUCCAACAACCGACUGAAGGCGGACCAGAGCCACCUGGCGAGCAAGAAGCGCGAGCAGAUGAAAUCUCGCGCCAUGAAGCUACCAGAACUUUCGGAACACUCGGAGCUGGACACGACCAGCAGUAACGGACAGUACAGGGAGGAGGAAGAGGAAGAGGCGGAUAAGUCCUCAUCCCCACUCUCCUCUAACGCCGGCACCACAAACAGCUCUGGCUCCGCCCCUCCCCGCAUCACGCCACAGAUCUCGGUGACAGACGAGCAUGGAGCCACGCCCCCUGCACCGUCAGACGAGCCGGUCACGCCCAGUCUGCCGGAGUCUUUCCUCAAGAAGCUGGGACUUAUUGCACGGAAGGGGAAGGAGGAGGAAGAAAGGAAGGUGCUGAGUGAGCGUUCAGGGCCCGGCCUCAGCCCAGACUUUGACUCCGGCAUCAACCGCAGGUCUAUGUCUGUGUGUGGGUUCAACGCUGGUGGACGGCCGCCUGGCCUCACCCCGCCACCUCGCAGCCGCUCCGUGAACGAUGCGGGAGAUAACCCCUACCCUGUACAUAUGCGACGUCGCAGUGAGAUCGCCUUGCCCCGUGUGCUGGGUGGCUCAGGCAGUCCCUCCCUCACACAGACCUCCUCCAUGGAGUGUCUAUCUCCCCUCUUCGAGCGCUCUAGCCAGCUCCAGCAUCUACAGUCUCUGGCCGCGCACGACUCGGAGGACCGGGAGGACCCAAGGUCAAGGUUCCAGUCUGCCGUGGCCAGCACGUCCAUGCAGCACGCGGUAACCAACACCAUGCGCCGGGUGUCCAUGGAGAGACGGCGGUCAGUGACGGGGGCCGCGCCCUUGACCCUGGUCUCCUCGCCGCCCACCCUCACCGUGACCCCAGAGGUCACCGGCACAGAGAAAGAACCGGAAAGUGGAGAUACCAAAGAGAGUGAGAGAAAAGUUUCAGUGGAUGAAGAUGCCUACAGAAAAGGGUUUGAGGAAGGUUUAAAAGCGCAGCUGUCCAAUGAGCUGAACGACCUGCGGGAACAGCAGAACUCGAUCAGCCACAGCCUGGAGCAGGUCAUGGACCGGGUGGAUCAGGCUGGGGAGGAGGAUGACGACCUCUUGGCCAGCAGGCCGUCGCGGGUGGAGACAGUGCUGACCUUGCUGUCCAAAGUGCGGGAGUUUGUGUCUCAGUUUGACUGGCGCUCCAACAAGAAAGCCAUCCGCAAUCUGGCCGGCAUUUUCUUUGUCUUCCUCGCAAUUCUCAUCGUCUUUCUCUCCCCGCCCAUCUCCACCGUGGAUGUGCGGCACUUUCCUAAACCCCCUCAGUAGUUUGUCUGUUUGUCUGUUUGUCUUUUCUUUUGUCUUUCUUCUUUUGCCUUCUUUUCUUUUCUUUUGUCUUUGUUCGUUUGUUUUUCUUUUUUUUCAAAAGUAUCAGAAGAAUCAGCACUGCCAAAGAUGUGAAAGUCAAGCUAUCUUUAUCCUGCUGACAACUGUGGGAGAAAAUUAAUAUUUUAUACAGGGUACACCAUCGUAACUUUUUAAAAAUGUUUCUUUGUUUGUCAGAAAUGAAUGUUUUAAAAUACUUUUUAAAAAUAGUCUGUCAUUUACUAUUUUGCACAGUUAAAGCUGUUGAACUCACUGGAGGUUCUUUAGACUAGCUUGUCAGCUGGUCACCAGUCUUAUUCACGCCAUUUUAGACAAAUUUUUAUACUAGAACUUUAUUUUUUAGGGCUUGUAAUUAACCAAAUGGUGUUACAGUUAGGCUAACAAGUAUUGCAUUUAUAAAUUUUAUUGUACAAACUUCCUAAUGAUGGCACAUCCAACGUUCUGCUUCCUGUGCUGUCUCAUGGACUACCUUUUUUUGUCUCUGUAAACAAGAUCAGCCCAGUAGUCAGCUGGAAAGUAGCAGAACAAAAACAGGUGUGAUAAAAGUGGACAGCAGAAAUAUCUAUUUGUGUCACGGCAUGGUUGAAUCAGGCGCUCCUCAAUUUUCGGGCAGGUGGAGUUAUUGGUCUCCUUAACUCAUUCGCUAUGUAUUA